AUGGCUUUGUUAGCCAAGUGGAGGUGGUCUCUUUUUCACCAAAACGAUUCUCUAUGGGCCAGAGUAUUAUAUUCGAGAUAUGGUGGUGGGACAAAUCUUUGUGCUCAAAGUAGUUCCCGAAGAGAUUCCAUAUGGUGGAGGGAUCUACUUAUGGUAUGUGGUGGACUAGAACAAGACAAUUGGUUUGAAAGGAAGAUUAAGUGGAGAAUUGGAUCAGGAGCAAGAGCUAGAUUUUGGCUAGAUAAUUGGACAGGCCCAAUCUGUCUAGCAAGUGUUUUUCCGAGGCUAUUCACUAUUUCUGAACAACAAAAUCAUUUUAUUCAGGAUAUGGGCUCUUGGACAGACAGUAGUUGGGUAUGGCAGCUGCAAUGGAGAAGGGAAAGGUUCGAAUGGGAGAUACAGUUGGAGCAGCAAUUAAUGCAACAACUUCUGGAGUGUAGUCCUAGGGCGGAGCAGGUUGACUCAUGGUGGUGGUUGGGUGAACCGUCUGGAACUUAUACAGUCAGGUCUGCAUAUAGUGCCAUCACCUCUGAAGUUGUGGUAGGAUCCAAUAAUGGUGCACCUAACAUUAUUUGGUCCAUCCCGGCACCACCAAAAGUUAAAAUUUUUGCUUGGAGAAUGAUGAGUAGGGGCCUCCCGACGGUGGAUAAUCUGGCUAGCAGGAGUAUUACCAUAUCAGAUAAUGAUGCACUAUGUGUAUUUUGUAAGCAAGAUAUUGAAACUGAUUAUCAUUUGUUCUGCACCUGCUCGGUGGUUGACAAAGUAUGGAAGUCUGGUGAAAGAGAUUCUGGUUCACAGUUGGAGGUGGUUGUCAUCCUUCACAAAGACUUUCCGAUGAGAUAUAUUCUCACUCUUUACUUCUGUGUUGUUGUUUUGUUUGGGCUAAUAGCCAUUCCAAGAGUAGAACUGGUGUAUGAGGAUGAGUUUGAUGGAAAGGAAGCUUAG